AUGCCUUCCUUAGACGAGGUAUAAAGUACAUUUAGUUCCUUUUUAAUACUAAGUGUUCGUGACGCUCGAAAUUUAUUUAACUUUCUUCUUCUGGGCCUAUUUUUGUAGGGAAAAAAGUUCAAACCAAGGGUCUUAGUUUGGUAAGUCUGUAGGGUUAGCAGUUUAAUUUUAGGCAACAAUUUUUACUCAUUAACAGUUAAAGGUGACUUAGAACUUCUUUUUAAUUUUUAAUAUUUUUUUUCAGGACUGACUUGACCCUGGACAAUGUAGUGAAUAUCCAAAGAAGUGAAACCCCAGAAGAAGUUCAAUGGUUGGUAUUUAAUUUAAAAGUAAGCUAAAAUAACUGUCUUGCACAGUACAAGAUAGUUACACAAUAAAAGAAUGAUAUAAAUAUACUCAUCAUGUAGAGGAAGGCGUUUCUGUUGCUCAGCUAAUUGGUUAUAGCUGGGUUCAAGUUCCUCCACAUUAGUACAAUAUGCAGCUUUCAGCUGAAUUUGAUUCUCAGUUACCUGAGUUGAAUUCAACUCCUCGUUACAGCCUGCGUACAAGUGAAAUCUAAUUUUUAUUAUUUCAUGUUUUCUUAUGUUAUGAUAUUUUGUUUUACCUACUUCUUAUAAGCCUUGUUGCAUAAGUUUAGGUGGGAGUUAAUCGAUACAACUAGCAUUUCCACCCUGGGCACCAGAGGUUUUUUUUCUUGUCUGUGGUGGGAUGCUUUGAUGUAGACUGCAGGCCAACAUUUCUUUGACCCAAAGAAUGAAAUGAAAGCUGGAUUGGAGAAGUUGCAAAAUAAAUUGCUGGCUUUUUUUUCUCUUAUAUUUUUCCUUUCCAAAAUGGAAGUUUACUGGCAGAUAUCUUCCACCUAAGUGACUGGAAAGAUGAUCUUAGACAGGGGAUUUUAGUGGAUCUCUAUUUUUAUACAUUGCAAUAUCCUUUUGUAAGUGCUGAUUAAGGGCUGAUGAUACUGACAGUCUGUGUGAAAUGAUGUAAGUAGAGAUUGUGUAUCUGUUAUGUGUCGUGUACUGUACUGCUUAACUGCAUAUAUGCCAACUUUCUCAGAUCACCCAGGAGUAUCCCAGAUACAGCAAAAAACUCUUGGUCUUUCAUACUGGCCAGCAAAUCUCCCAGAUAACAUCAAGCUUUAAUUUCAGAGCUUUUCUGUGCCUUAGUUUGGAAUUUAGCUCAAAUUUUUCCCUGAAUUCAAACCUUUUAUUUUACGUUAUAGUAUUGUCGUUUCUAAUUUGUUUUCCCAUGGAACACUUCUUUAAAGGAGUUCUAAGAACGUUUUAAAAUGUGUCUGUGCAUUCCAGAUCAAGGUAGAAUUUGGAAGUGUUGGUUUUUAAGGAGAGGUGAAAACAGGUAGUACGCGGAGAAAAACCUUUGGAGCAAGAGAGAGAAAUAGCAACAAACUGAUCUCAACCUACCCCUAGUGUUGACAUGGGGAUUCAAACCAGGGCCACGUUACUAAUGAAAUAUAUGUAAACAUGCCACCAGAAACCAUACUAAGAGCAAGGCUGGCAUAGUGGUAAGAGCACUCUUCUCCCAUCAAAUUUUUAUGGGAGAAGAGUGCUCUUACUACUGUGCCAGCCUUGCUCUUAGUAUGGUUUCUGGUGGCAUGUUUACAUAUAUUUCAUUAGUAACAUAGAUUAUUUUACCAUUAUAAGACUGUGUAUAAUAUCCUGAGACACACCCACAAUUUGCGGGUAUCAGUGGAGGGGUGGAUUGAUAUUUGAUGGGGUAACUGCAAAAAAAGACUGUCUCCAGUUUUUAGUUCUUCUGAGGCUGACAUAAAUAUAUCUAGAAAAACAAAGUAUUUGUCAAUAACAUUAACUGAUUUUACUUGCAUGUAGGUUCUUUGACAAAAUAAUAAAACCUUGUCUUAAUUAGAAAACAGACCCUUAAAAAUAUUGCUAAAAAUAAAACCUGAAAUAUUUAAAGUAAUGGUGGCAAAAUGGGAGCAAUUGGUUAUGACAGAAUUUAUGCAAAAUAAUUUUAUAUUGUUGUAAGUUAUAGUACAUAAAAAAUUAAUGCUGGCUAGGAGCUGAAAAGUUCAAAGUCCCCUUAGGCUCAAAGAAACAUUGUCACCUUCGUAGUCAUGGGCACUAAUUGCAUGCCUGCACGGCUUUAAGUAAAUAUGAAGACACAGAGGUUAAGAAGUUUAAUUGUGCAAAGUACCCAGAAGAAGUACAGUUAAUUGUAAUUUGCUACAAACUGUAUUUUUCCUUAACCUUUAACAAAUUUGCAAAGGACAAUGAAUUUUCAACUGAACAGACAUCAGCGUGGUUCUCUGUUAUCAAGUCUGUGCACGAGAUGACUGUGGGUAAGUUUGCAAUAUUAUUUUGCUGUAUUUCUACAUUCUCAUUUGAAUAUUUUGAGCUAGUGGCAGUGACUAUUGUUAAAUUCAUUACAAUGAAAAAGGUGGAUUUUUUUCAGUACAUUGUAAUUAAUAUAAAAGUAAUAUCUUUAUUGCUUAUAAUGAGUUGCAGUAACACAAUCAUCAAACAUAAGAUGCAAUGUUUCAUCUGAUAUUAUUCAGACACCACAAAGCACUGACUUUGAGGUGGCUGGAUAUCGGGUCAAAAACUGAGUGGAGUGUUUUGAUGUAGCUGCUCAAGUGAACAGUAAUUCUUGAAGAAAUUCAAAAGAAAUGUUUCCAGAAUUCUAUCAAUGGCAAUUAGCGUGUGAUAUCAAACCUCUGUCAUGGCAAAUUUGAUUUUGUUUUCCCUUCAUGAGAAAAAAUUAUGCUAGUUUAGGUCAAUUCUGUGCAGUGUUUCUUAGUGCCUGUAUUUUUUGGUGAUUCUUUUUCAAAUUUCAAUGUGUGUCCAUCCUUACCAUUCAUUGCAAUGUUAACACAUGGCAGGAAACAGUUUCGAUGCCUUAUUAUAGUCAAAAGACCACAUUUGGACCAUUUUAAGUUUUUGGAAUUUAACUGAUGCAACAAAAGUUUUAGCUUUUUAAAAAGAUAGCAAAUAACAUGAAAUAAGCCCCUUUAACUAAAUUUGAGCCUCUUCAUUGACAGAUACCCCAUAUGGAAAUGUGGAUCCAGUGUUUAAGUACUUCAAGGAGCUACUGUUAUGUCACUCUGUGAAGGUCAGUUAAUUGCUGCUUAAUUACCAUCUUCGAAAUAACUAGGUUAGCAUUUUUGUGGCCAAGAUAAUUAAACUUUCAGAACACUACAACUUGUUUUUACAAUGUGAUUGAUACACUAUGCAUCCUUUAAAUUUAUUCCAGAGGCCUCCGUACAGUGUUGCUCUCUUCUCUGUUGAUCAAGUAAAGAAAUUAACAAGCUAUGCGGUUAAUACGUAAGCAUUAAAUGCAAUUUUUUUUUGUUUGUUGUUUGAUCUUAUGAUUUUAAUAAUAGAGACGAUGGCUGGUCUAUUUUUUGAGAAAUAUACGAGAAAAACAUUAAAGUCAAAUCUUGUACUCAUAGUCUUUCUUUUCUUUAAAUCUAAAGAUCUCUAUUAACUAUUUUUCAGAAACAAAUUGAUUCUUUUUUCCUCUUUACAUCAGGUACUUUAGGCAUUUUAAAAUGUACAAGUAUGCAUUUACACCAAAGGUAAGGAAAAAAUAUGACUUUUUUUACUAGUCCUAAAACUGAUGUCUGAUAUUAAAGUUAAAAUGAUUUCUGGUUAGGGCUUUUAUUUUAUUCAUUUUCAUAGCAAACAGCCUUUCAUGUUGUCACACCAUAUAAAACCUAAUGAGAAGUGAAAAAGAUUGAUGUAUUACCAACAAAAAAAAUUAUUAUUUACUCAUUCAAAUAUCAAGCCAUGUAUGUCGUUUUGCCAUGUAUUUUUCAGCUCCUGAAUGUUCAGGUGCUCAUUUAGGAUUGCCAUAAUGAUUGUGAUAAUAUCUACAUUAUUAUUUCCUUUGUAUUAGGUUCGUUUAGAUCUCAGUUUUGAGUAUGUUGGAUUACCCAAGACACCAGAACCUUCUGAAGGUAAUAACAACUUUUAUUCAUUUGUAGGCUAUAUUUUUAAAGUACUAAAAAUUUAGUAAUUGAGUUAUAGGUAGCUAUCCAUCGUGCUUUAAGGCUGAGAAAACAACUGACAUUUUGCGAUUCCUCCACUGGUUUGUUGACUCUUUCCUUACAAAGAGCCUGUUACAGACAGUACUCUAGGUCUCAAAAAUACCAAACUUCAUUCAUUAAAUCUCUAUGUCUACAAUAAAGUAUACCUUUGGGAUGCAGACAUUAUACACUUGGCUCAUUCCUUUGGUGUCUGUAUUAAGGAGAUUUUUAAUGGCAUUUAAUUGCUUGUAAUGAGUUCAUCAGUAAGUCAAUAUUUGUACAGUGCCAAUAACCGCUACCUUUGAUUUAGUGGUAUUCAGUUCUAGGCUAGUAGACAUGCAUUCUUUUAGUAGUCUGAAGUAAGCAUAAUACAUUUAGCAGACUGUAUCCCAGCCAAUGUGAUGAUUCAUAAAUAAUGUUACAGCAAAUUGACUUGUUUGUGAAACUCUGUUUUAGUUGGUGAUGAGGAAGAUCAAGGCACAGUAGGGACUGAGCAGGUCAGAUCACUGUUUGGUCAAUAAUUUUAUAAACUAAGUGAACUUCAGUCAUUGUUUUUUUCUCAAAAUCAGUCUUGCGAAGUACAAAGUGCUGGCUUGAGAUUCUUGUGCAAAGUGCUUGAGCUUCAUAUGGUUACAUAUUAAAGAGUCAACUGCUCUGUGAGUGCGACCUUGUGUGGCCUGUUAUGGGUAGGUAACAGCACAGUGUAACCAGUUUGGGAGGAAUGGGUAAAACAUUUUUAACUAGACUGAUAAAUUCUUGUGGAAUAUCAAUACAUAACCAAAAGUAUGGAAAUGAAUUAAUGAAGUGGAAACCAAAAUUUUCAGGACAGAACUGCUUAUAAAACAAAGUGGGUAUGAUAAAGUGUAUGCGUCAGUUUGUAAACGUUUUGUUUUAAAUGAGAGAGGUCAUUUUGGCAGUUGGGACUGCAAGUUGUUGUUGUAGUGUUGAAGAAGGGAAAAUAAGAUUGAAAUAAUGAACUGUGAACACAGACAGUUCGCCAUCAGGGAGUGGUGGCCACUGAAGAGAGCUGUUCAUUAUUAAAGCGGGGCCUGUGGAUUAUAGAACACGGCCUUGUACUCUUAGGAAAGAUUUUGAUCCAUUAGGCUUGCCUAGCUAUGACUAUUUUCCUGUAACAUCACUGGCAUUUCUGUAAGUUACCAUUGUGUUUUCAGCCCUUUUGUUCACUAUAUUUUUUGUUCGUCUACAUGUAGGGCUAUUAUGGUUUAAUGUUCUCACAGGGCCUACAGGAGGAGAGUUAGGACGGGAGCAAUCCCUUGAAGUUUCCCAAAUGAUAAAAUAGAUAUUCAAGGAUGAUUAACAUGGACUGAGACAAAAUAGUUUUUGCAGAGCUGAAAAUUUAUUGUCUAUAAUUUUCUUUUUUAUUAUGUUGAAAAGGCUGCUGACGAAGCUAAGAAAACUGAAGAAGCAGUAGCUGAAGAGGAGGAAGGUUUGAAUCAUAUUUUUACAAUAAGUAAUCAAUUUUUCACAUGCUUGUUGGUAAAGAGCCAUGGACGAUCAGAGCACAGGCCGGAAAUGAUAUGAUGGAGCCGCAAUUUGCCACAACAAGUGCACUUUAUGUGUACUGUAGUCUGAAAACAGUACAAGAACAGGCUCAGAGUACUAGGUUAAUAAAAUUUAGAAGGAAUCCAUCAGGAAAUUGAGUAAUUUUAAUUUUCAGUGGACAAAAACCUUGUACCAGAAUAAUUUAAAGCAUAUCGCAUUAUUUUAUACAUUUCUCAAGGGCUAAAGAUGUAAUUAGUCAUCUGAAAUAACACCAAAAAAAAUUUCUUAUGGGAGCCUGAGAAAAUGAAUGUCAAAUUUCACAAAAUUACAUCGUACUCAUGAAAUUUUUAGAAUUUUACCUGUGUUUUCACAGUUCUUGUGAAAUCAGACAUUCAUUCAGUGUAACCUCGUCUAACUGUCGCAUAACCUAAAAAUGGCCAAUGUUGGAGAGAGCAGCUGUCAGCAAAGAUUUCAGAUUUUUUAUUGUUAAUUUUGCACUAUUAAGAGGUUACUACGUAGAUUACAAUACAUUACAAAAGCAAGAAAAACCAAAUAGAACAACAAAUUACAUAAAUCAUGAAAGGUGAAGUGUGCACAGUGACCAAAAGAGCUUAGGCUGUCAAGUUGGUUACUGCCACGUGCAAUUAACUGGCGUAGAUGAUAUUUGCAUAAAAUUACAAGUAACGUACAACGGAGAAAGGAAAAUUAAAAGUGCAAAACGCCGUACUUACGAUUUUAUAUAAAAAACAAUAGAAAUGACCAUUCAGUGGUAGUAUGGGCAGAGAAAUCAAAUUACUUUAGUAUUGGGUAUUUAAAAGGUAAAGUUUGUAUUGCUUAUAGAAGUCGUUAUAACAUAGUUUUUGUAAUUGGGAGGACGAGUGAGGAAAACCUAUCAAGCUAGAUCAUCAGAACGAAAUUUGAUGAACUUUUAUAAUCCACUUACGUCCAUUUAACCCUUAAUACACGGACCAGUUGGACUGUUUCGCUGUCAAAAGUGCCACCGAUAGUCAAAAUUAAGGGAUCAGUUUUAAAGUGGGAGUUUUAGCAAACAAACCGGGUUGAUUUUCUUUUUGUCAAAGGAUUUUGAUAAGUUUAUAAAUUUUAAUAUGUUUGGGUUUAUUUUCAGAUCCCCCAGCGGUAAAGGAACUCAAAGCAAUAAUUAACUCCGCACUUUCUGAACAAGUUCAACAGGUAUUAAUCAACUUUGUACAUAUACUGUAGUGGAAUUAGCUUACUUGUGAUUUAAUCUGGCCUAAGAUGAUGUUGUGUGGGAACUUCAUACAGUCAAUCCUUCCUUACAAACACAAAGAAUAUGUAACGAUAAGUUCAUUUAGUGUUGAAUGACAACAAAGAAAACAGUUUUGAGGUUGAAGCGCAACAUUUUCGGUAGCGCAAGAUAGAAAGGGUUUUUCUUCUUCGCCUCAUCAUUGGCCCGAGCUGGCCCGCGCCUCGCACGCACUUCCCGUCGACCGUUAAAAUGAGGGAGCUUUCAAAAUAGGGAGCUUAAGCAGCGACGUUUUUGAGCGACGCACGUCAACCGGAAGUGAGGUAUUUUCCCUCUUAACAUGCCUUGAUGAUAUAAAAUUUGUAUUCGUUAGCUUCUUUACUGUUAUAGAGGCGAUUUGACUGAAAAUUUGCGCGAAACCACCGUCAAAAAAUGAAAAAAGGCCAUUUCCGGUUGACGUGCGUCGCUCAAAAACGUUGUUGCUUAAGCUCCCUAAUAGGCAACGAUGACGUUGACGACAACGAGAACGGCAAAAAAAGUAGUUUUGAUAAGCGAAAAAGAACUUUGAACGUCCAGCAAGCUUUUUUGUUCAUUUCUUUGCCGUCACUGCACGACCACGACGUGAAAUUCCAUCACGGGGCCUUUUAUGGAGGUGGUAAACACAAAACGACCAUGUUUUCUUCCUACUUUUAUACUUGGAUUCAGUCUCCAAAAGUUCAAUUCCUGGAAAAUUCACUUACAAAGGACAUUUUAAGCAAAUCGGAAUAAUCGUGACAAACUUGGUAAAUCUUUGAAAAAAGUCCUUUUAAAAGUGGCAUUUGAUUUCGCUGCCGCUGCUGUCGUCGAUGCUAAGGCUCCAUUUUUAAUACGGCGGGGGCGAUCACUGGAAGUUUCUCUUGGCUAGAAACGAGAUGGUAAAAUAUGUCAAUUUGAAUAAUCCUGGCUGAUAGUAACUUACCGUCAACAAAUGAUUUUCAUAGGGUAAUUCUGAUAGCUUUUUUAAAAAAUCAUGUUACCAAAAAUUUUGAUGCUAGUAAUAUGGACAAAAAGGAUACAGAUUCCCGUUUUGUUUACCUGCUCCCCUCCUCCAAAAGGAUAGCGCUUAAACUGGAAGAAUCAAAGAUGGCUGAUGGGCUUUGUUAGGCUCAUAGAGUUCAUUAUCUCCUCUUUUCGAUGAUAUAAACGUGAGACCAGUCACUGUUUGCUAAACCUGACGACUUGUGUUUAACUUUCGCCCUUUUCUUAGCUCAAAACCAGUGUGGACCAACAGAUAAAAGCAAAAGACGAAGAAAUGGCAAAGAAAAUGGGUAUUUCUGCCGACGCUUCAGGCCCGCCUAAAAGCCCAAAGCCGAAAGGAAAAAAGGGAAAAUAGCUUGUAGCUACAAGAUAAAAUGCGCCGAAACACGUGUACAUAUUGUCAGCAAUGUGUGUUGCAGUUAUGAACGGGGAAGUUUCUUAGACCUUUCUGUAUUCCGUUGAUGUUUUGCAUACCACAAACAAUUAAAUAUUUGUUUAAUGACAUUUUUAUCCCAUUUAUAGGCAUUAAACUCCCAAUGUGUUGCAUAACAAUUAAAAUUGCCACUGUGAACGAGCG